AUGUGUGGCCUUGUUUCUGCCGUGGAGGCAAUGCGGUCUCGCGCAGUCACCUAUGGUCCUGGGAGGAGGAGCUGUAGAACAAGAUGGGGUACGAAUUUAAUUGUUCACAGAAUACGACAACAAAAGGCCUUUAGCUCGUCUCCAUUUACACAAGAUCAAUUGGAGACUUCAGAAGAAGAGAAAUUGAAACCAGACCAAUUGGAAACUUCAGAAGAAGAGAAAUGGAAAGCAAGGUUCGAAAAUUCUGUGGAGGAAUUGGGCGCAACGACAUAUCGACCGCAGGACCUAGGAACUCCUCGACAACCUCCUCCUCGGCUACCUCGUCUUGCGCAACCUCUCCCACAACUCGACCAUACAGAUGGACACUUUCCCAUCUUGUACGGCCGAAACCGCCGUUCGCACAGGAUAAAGGAGAAACGUGGCUACAUAAAGAAUGUCGUGCCUGGAAUAGAAAAUUACAACCUGCGCUCCGUUGAGCGAGAACAUCCGUGGGAAACUUCGAAAUCUCCACGAAAGGCCCUUUUGGAUGCUUUACGAAUUGGGACCCAUCACUCAGUACUGCGAUGUUUGAUUCGCCUGGUCAUGGCUGGAACAGAAAGAUUCGCAUUCUUAACAGAAAUACCAUCCACAACCUUUUCCGAAAUACUCAAAAGUCUGGAUCCUCAUUACUUCCUAGAUGAAUAUCAGAGACGCUAUAAAACCAUCAUCAAACCUAGACAUAUGGAGAUUUUGAGUUUGACUCAAAGAGGGUUUGACAGUUACCAUAAGUUUGCCAGCUUGUUCCUAUCUGAAAUGACCCCAAUCAUCAGAGCUCGCCGUGCUAUUGGUCCGCUGACUCUCACGGAUUACUCCUACCUCUUGAAAUGUGCUCGCGCGACAGGAAGGUUGCACGAAGCAAAUGCUAUAUGGCGGGAAAUGAAGAAUGGAAAGAUCAAGCCCGACCUCGAUUGCUAUAAUAGUUACAUGGGUGUGUUGUGUUGGUCCGAGACAUCCAAUAUCGGACAAUAUACCAGCCUGCGUGUCAUUCCUCGAAAUUUCGCACCUCGCCGGUGGGACUUACCCCCAGAGGACCUCCAAGGCCAUCGUGUUGGCAUCGGCGGUAUAAAGCAGAAGAUCGUGGAAUUGUUUCAGGAGAUGGUGACAUAUGGACUUGCGGGAGAUGAGAGAACAUUUUGUUGUAUGAUGAUUGGAUUUGCAAGAGAGAGAGAUUUGUCGAAUGUUGGGACACUUCUCAAAAGGGUAUGGGAUAUAGACGUUGACGCUGUUGUCGCAUCACAGGGCUAUGAACGUCCAGCCAGGAGAUACGAGGCGAAUUCUCCUUUUUAUCCUACGAAUCAACUUCUUUAUACAAUAGCCCACGUCUACGCCAUCAACCACCACAUUGCGACCGCCCUACGAUUGAUAGACUACAUAUCGAGGCAAUACUCGAUAGAUAUCGAGCACAAUGUGUGGACGGAGCUGAUGAACUGGACCUAUACGUUAGCAGUUCCCCGCACUUGGAAAUACGUGGAGCGGUUGAAGUUUGAAGAGCCUGAUGAUGAGGGUUUAUAUCAGACAGGUAUUUCUGAUGCAAGCGUAUCCGACAAUACAGGUAACUUGACACUGCCUGCUUACUCAGUAGUGAAUCUCUGGAACACAUUGAUCGCAGAACCAUACAAUGUCAAGCCAUCAGUCGAGCUUGUGAAUCUCCCAAUCUUGCGAAUGAUAAGGAAUAUGUCUGCUGUCAGAGCUCUUGACAUGAUGGAAGUCGGCAGAUAUUACUUUAAAGAAGAAGUCUCUCAAUUAAACAGUCUCCAGGCCGAGAUCAAAUCGUUAAUGAUGAAAGACUCGAAACAUCCAGCGCUCGAAGAUAUGAUCCAAACUCUUCAUCUCAGUCAACUCAAGGUGCGCCACAACAGAGCCUUGAUCCGAAAUUGGGUUCGCAAAAUCCUCACCAUGAAAUUCGAUGGUUACCCACCAGGACACUGGGCAGAAAUCCACAUGCCAAGGAUGAUUCGGGACUGGGAUAUCUUCCUUGACAAGUGGGUCACGAUUACCACGGAGACGGGGGUGAUGAACUUGAGAACGCACUCUUUGGAGCUCAAUCGGCUGCGCGCGUGGAGAUUUCGAUAUGGUAACAAGGAGGCGAAACUUCAUAGGAUGGCUAGACGGGGUGAGCCGAGACGGGUUGUGGCAGAUAGACGGAACCUUGUCAGGCACGUUGAUGCGGUCCACAGUAGGGGGAAGAAAGUUUCGUGGUCGAAGAGGUAUAAGAAGACACCGUUUUUUGCGGGCGCCAUCGUCUCGACUAGAGGAAAAGGUGCCUCAACCGGUGGAAGGUCUUUGGCACAGGAAGAGGCUUCGAAUAGGCCCGUGACGCUAGCGGAUAUGUUAUAG